AUGGCCGUCAAGUUUGAAGGAGGGGUCGUCAUAGGUGCAGACAGUCGGACAACCACUGGAGCAUACAUUGCCAAUCGAGUGACUGACAAGCUCACUCACAUCCACGAUCGCGUCUAUUGCUGUCGAUCCGGUUCAGCUGCCGACACGCAAGCGGUCGCUGACAUCGUUCACCAACAUUGUCAGAUCUAUUCUUCCCUCUACGGUACCCCUCCACCAGUCGCCACGGUCACUUCUAUGUUUGAAAAGCUAUGUUACACCAAUAAAGAUCAGCUCAGCGCAGGGAUCAUCGUCGCGGGUUGGGAUGCCGAAGCUGGUGGUUCAGUGUAUAACAUUCCUCUAGGUGGAGGUAUGUUCCAACAACCAUGGGCAAUAGGAGGUUCUGGCUCAACAUAUGUGUAUGGAUAUUGUGACGCCACAUAUCAGGAUGGUUGGAAUGAGGAGGAGACUGUUCAAUUUGUAAAGAACACACUGGCAUUGGCCAUGUCGAGAGAUGGAUCUUCAGGAGGGUGUAUCAGAAUGUGCGUUAUAACCAAGGACAAGGUGCAACGUCAUUUCAUCCCCGGUAAUGAGCUACCUCGAUUUUGGGAAGGUAAAGAGGUCGUCGGGGCUGUGGCUGGAGUGACGGCAUAG